AUGAGCAAGAGGAACCAGGUCUCCUACGUGCGGCCGGCCGAGCCCGCUUUCCUCAGCCGCUUCAAGCGGCGGGUCGGGUAUCGGGAGGGCCCCACGGUGGACACCAAGAGAGAGCAGCUUCCACUUGUGGAUGAUGACAGUGACAACGGCAGUGACAAGGAAGAUGAGCAGCCUCAAGUGGUGACACUGAAAAAAGGGGACUUGACUGCAGAAGAGGCAAUGAAAAUUAAACAGCAAAUCAAAGAGGCCUUAAAGUCAAAAGAAUCAGAUGAUGAACCAGAACCUGCUGAUGGAAAAAUUGUGUUCAGGAAACCAGCCAAACGUUCAUCAGAGAAGUGUUUGGACUUCAAUAUAAGUUCAAGUAAGAAGAUGAAAGAAGCAAAGAAAACUAAGAGAGAAGCAACUACUUCUCAGAGUACAGCUAAACAAGUAAAAAACAGCAGUCUUCUCUCGUUUGAUGAUGAGGAAAAUGAUGAUUAGGGGUUGUAUUUUUUUAUAUUUUCUUUGGUCUUCUAGAGACCUGAAUAACAUUGAGGGCUUUCAUAGGAAAUGAGGCAUGGUAUCUGAGUCUUCUCUUACUUUGUUAUAAUCCAACUAGAGAAGCAUAGUAUAAAGUUAGCAAGAGUGAAGUCUUUCAGCUAGUUGGAACUAUGUGCAUGUCUUUAUUUUAAAAGAUAAUCUAACCAUGUAUGUAAAAGCUAUUUGAGGUCACAAAUGAGUAGCAAAAUAUACCUGUAUAUAUUCAGCUUACAGACUUUCAGUCAAUCAAUUUUAAAAUGCCCUCCAUAAUUAAAAUGUAUUUCCUCUAUAUUGAAUAGCCUUAGUUGACAGUUGUGCGAUUUUUUUUUUAUCUGUUGUUAUUGACAUUCAAGAGAGACAUUUCAUUGCUUUGAAACAGAAACUGAAGUUUUCUGUCUUGUAGCUUAACAAAAGUUUGCACAACUUUUGCAUUUGUGAUUUGCAAGAUUAGCUCUUUGCAGAGCCUUGCAGUAAAUGAGGCUGCAGUUGCUAAAGCCAUGUAGUCUUGAUCCUGUCUUUGGUGAAUGCAGUCUAAGAAACAUCAAAUUCAUUUGAAUUAGUUGUGAUAGCAAGGUAUGAAAAUUUUGAUUCUAGUUGAUGGUAUCAACUAAUGCAAAAUAAGCCUAAACUGUUGGAGAUUCUACACUUUGGUUUUGACACUGAUGAACUCAGUGGUUUUGUGGUGUUUUGGGAUUUUUUUUAAAGUAUAUUUUUUUCAGUUGGCUAGUUAUGUGUUCAAAUUAUUUGGGAUCUCAGGCAGCUUGUUAAAAAAAAAUGUAUUUUAUCUUUAAGCAGUGGAAAACCAUUAAUGUAGCUUUCUUCAAGUAGGGGGGAAGUUGUAAAUAGGGAAUUUAAAUGAAGUAACAUCAUAGCUGUGUGCAUCUUGGUUUGACAGUUUCUGGGGCAGACAUUCCAAAAUUAGUUACUGCCCCUUUUAGUUUUAACUGCUCUCAUUUUACCAGUAAGCAGAGAUGAAAGCAAGAACAUAUAAGUGAGAAAAUAACAGUUUACUAAAAAAAUGAAACAGCAACAGUCAGGAUAACAGUAAUCAUCACUAGAUAAAAUAUGCUGAAUCCCAUGGAUUGCUCAGGAGAAAUGAAAACAAGGUGGCAGAGAAACUCCUUCCCAAAAGUAUUGGGCUACAUAGAAGACCACGUGGUUCAGGGGACAAAGACAAACUGGAGGAGAAACCCCUCCUCCUGACCAUGUGGUGGAGAGAGAACAAAGGGAAAAAAGCCACCGCAGCAUCUGAAACUAUGUGAUUCUAAAAGUCCCUCUUAUCCCAAACAACUAACAAGGAACAAGGACAAAGCAAGAAGAAACCUGGACUCCAGAACCAGUCAAAUGCUGCUGAUCAAUUUGUUCCACAUCACCUGGCAGCAGCUCCAUCAACGACAGCAGCUGGAACUGGUCAAUGGCUGGAACUCAAGGAGGGACUUGGCCUCCUCCUCAGCAAAAGAUGACAGGCAGAUGCCUGGGGCAGCCUGGGCUCCACGUCCUCCUGCUGCAGCUGAGCACUGGUGGGGGGCUGGAGUGACUGUGUGGAGCGGGGGCUGUUCUGUGUUGUCCAUUGUGGUGCCAUGGCUGGCCGUCCAGGGUGACAGCAAUGAAAAAGGAAGGGAAAAUGUCUGAAAAGAAAGUCCUCCCUGGUCCAGAGACCAAAACAAAGGGGAGCUUCUGCCUUGUGCUGCCUCAGCUUCUAGUAGCUAGCAGAAAUGAAAGAGAGGCCUAUGUGAAUGUUGUCCUAGUUUUAAAGGGAUCCUGGCGUCUCCUGCCUCCAUGAACCUGGGGCAAGACCCUCUGGUUCUGCUUCCGACCCCCCCAGGUCGUAAAGGGAGAGUAACAAUGUCAGACAGACAGGUGUAGAAAGAAUGUGCUAAUUUCAGCAUCUUUUCUGUGACAGGACAGAAACGACACUGAGAGCUGAUGGACUUUGGGAGAACAAGGUGAUGGAAAUGUGAUUUGUGACUUUGAAAUUAUUUGGAUGUAUGGUGUGUUCUGUAACCAUAUGAAACCAGCUCUGCUGCAUGACAGGACAUUUGAAAUUAUUUGGCCUGUAAAGCUUCAUUAAGGAGCAAAUUUCAAGUUGCUGUGUGAAACAGCUGGUUUUAGUUUGUUCAUCUGGUAGUAAA